AAAGACAAAAAAAAAAAAAAAAACCUAAAGCUGAGAGCGAGAUCCCGCGUGCUGUGUUAAGGACAUAAUUAUGAACAGUCAAAGCUUUCCAGUUCCUCACAAGAAGUUCUCAGUUGAUAUAAAGGGAAACAAAACAGAUAUAGUCCUAUGCAGUUACGAUGAUCAUUUUCUUGUUAUUGCUACUCAGAUAGGAACUAUGGGGACAAUCCUGCAAGCCAGGAAAGAGGAAGGAAUGUCAGUCAAUCCGACUUUCAAUGUGUCUGUAGUAUUUGGAAAACGAGAUGAGCCAAUGCUAGUGGCAUGUGCUCGUCAGUUGGUUGAACACAUAAGUCGCUCUGGCUCCUCUGAGCCGCUGGUGCUUUCUCUUGGCCUUAAAGAUCAUUCUGUGGAGACAUUGAAAGGAAUUGUUUUUGCUGUCACUGAGAAUCGCCUUUGGUGACUGGAAUGUUGUUUUGUUCAGACGUUUUCCUCCGAUUUUGCAUACAUUCAAGUAAUACAACCUCCUCACCUUUUAAUUACUAUUAAUCAAGUAUCCCAUCAGUCGCAUUUCAAAUUACAUCAUCAAAGAUGUUAUUUCUUUGAGAUCUUGCAAAAUUUGUAAUGGAAUAGGAGAAAUUAAUUAGUACAUUUGUAGGUGCAAUUUUCUGAUAUACUUUCUAUCCGUUUCAUAUAUAAUACUUUGAAGUUU